AUGCAACACGAAAGCCCCAACUCCCGCGGUGAGGAAGACUUCUUCAGCGACGACGAGGCCUUGCGCACCCGCUCUGUCGACUCAGCCAGAGCUCAGCGUGAGGCGGAUAAACUCAAAGACCGCAUCAACGUCUACCUGGAACAGAGGGAGAUCGUGCUUCACAUACAGGAAAGGAGCAACGCGAGACGUCGCAGCGAUGUGCCCCCGAGGCCCGUUGUUUUUGUGGACGAGCAAGUUAGCCUCGCCGCUACUUUGGCGGACUCGGAUUCGGAUUCGGACGGCGAAGACGAUCAUUUUCGUCUCUGGACGGUCGAAGGCUGCCUAGAGGCCGUUUCUUACAUCGAAAGCCUGGUUAACAGGUUUUCGAGGGGAAAGACUCCGUCUGCGCUGUCACGCAGCGUCUUUGCCCGGUUCUGCAAGGCGGCGGGGACCAAGGACUCUGAGAAAAGGGAGAAGAGGAUUCGGGGGAAUAUUCAGUACGGUAUCAACGAGCUUUACAGUUUUCACGAGCACAUUCACCGCGUGCAGCAUGCACUGUACCAGCUAACGGGCGCGCAGUCGGAUGAGUGGAGCAAGGCAGACAGCGUCGGCUGCAUGAUCACCAAGUACAUUGCUAUGAUCUCAGACGUUCAGAAUCACGUCAUUGGCGGGAAUGUUGACAUGUUCGAGUCAUCAGGACUCGAACUGUUUUUGUUCAUGACGGAGCCGUAG